AUGGGUUCAGUCCAGGACAUCCCUACAACCAUGAAGGCUGGCCAAUGGGACCCAGCCCAGAAGAAGGUUGUUGUCAAUGAGGUGCCCGUCCCAACGCCGGGACCAAAUGAAUUCCUAGUCAAGAUCACCUCCGCCUCGCUCUGCCACAGUGAUAUCAUGGCCAUUGAACAGGCAACAAAACCCGUGACACUGGGCCACGAAGGUGUCGGACAUAUUGUGUCUUUCCAUCCUUCCGCUGCUGAUAAAGGUUUCAAAGCCGGUGACGCGGUUGGUUUUCUUUACAUCUUGGCAUGCUGCUUUGAGUGUUCAGGUUGCAUGAUUCACAACCUGCACUGCAAGACUGGCAAGCAGCUUUUGCAAGGAUUCACGACUGACGGUUUCUUUGCGGAGUACGCGGUUGUUGACUAUCGUAAUUCCGUUGUGCUGGACGAGAGCGUCUGGGAUCUACGGCGCGCCGCUCCUGUGUUUUGCGCUGGUAUCACCGCCUUCCACUCCGUUGACAGCUGCGAGCUGAAGCCGGGCGACUGGUUUGGAGUCAUCGGCUGUGGUGGUCUGGGCCAAAUCGCCACCCAAUAUGCCAAGGCGAUGGGACUCAAAGUUAUUGGAAUCGAUGUUCAAGAUGCGAACCUGGAGGAAACCAAGAAACUUGGUGCUGAUGCCGUAUUCAACUCGAGGUCCAACAAGAACUAUGUGCAGGAGCUGCUCGAGUUAACUGGUGGUGGAUGCCAGGCAGUUGCCUUGUACACCAAUGUCUCAGCAGCCUUCGAAGGAGCACCGCCAGUCAUUGCCCUUGGAGGCACCAUGAUGGUCAUCGGUAUUCCCAAAAAGCCUUUUGAGGUGCUUGCCAUGGAUUUGGUCAUGGGCAGAUAUAAGAUCAAGGCGGACUGCACAAGCAUUCCGCAGAGAAUGAAGAAAGCGACAGACUUCACUGGCAAGCAUCGCAUCAUGCCAAACGUGGAUAUCAGGGGCGGGUUAGAUCAGCUUAACGGCAUGGUCGAGGAGAUGCAGAAGGGAGUGAAUGUCAAGAGAUGUGCUGUAGUGUUCGAGUAG